CUUGAAAUUUCCACUCACCUGCUCGCCAAUGGCUAGUGGAAAUUAUGGUGGGGGCGAGUGUGUCCCCCAGGGCUGUCUUGCUGAGCAGGCUCGGAGCUCAGGCUGGAUCUGUCACUCACACUGGGAGCCGUCAGACUGCUCAAUAGCUGAGCGCAGUGAAAGCAAAGGAAGUAGUGUGUGCUGUGCUCUCUGCCUCCUCCUAGAGUGCAGUACCCGGCUCUGUGAGUGAACAACGAAGUGCUGCAACUUUUUAUAUGGCUGUGUGUGUGCCCACCUAAAUUCAGUUCACUCUGGUGAUAUGAUCCUCUGUCAGCCAUGUGCAUGUGUAUACAUGUGUGUGUAUCUUUGUAUACAUGUGUCUGUACAUGUGUGCAUCUGUACAUGUGUUUGCGUGUAUGUACGUUUGUGUGUACAUGUGUCUGUGUGUAUGUACGUACAUGUCUGUGUGUAUGUACAUGUGUCUGUGCUUGUGUAUUUCUUUGUAUGUACAUGUAUCUGUGUGUAUGCGUGUCUGUACGUGCCUGUGUGUGUAUACAUGUCUGUGCGUGUGUGUACAUGUUUCUGUGUGUGUGUGUGUGUGUGUGUGUGUGUGUGUGUGUACAGGUGUCUCUGUGUGUGUUUGUUGGUG